CUCAUCAUCAUCUCCGAAGGACUGCAGACACACACACAGAGAGAUAAAGAGAGACAGAAUAAAUGCCGAAAUAAGAUCCGUCCUAAAAGCGUGAUCGUGAGAGAAAGAGAGAGAGAGAUAGAGAGACGGAAUAAAUCAAUGCAGAAAUUCACUUAAAACACAUAUUCUUUCAUUGCCGGUCAUCGCGAUGGGGAACCGGGGGAUGGAGGAUCUGAUUCCUCUGGUCAACCGAAUGCAAGAUGCGUUCUCCGCCAUCGGGCAGAACGCGGAGCUGGACCUGCCGCAGAUCGCGGUGGUGGGCGGACAAAGCGCCGGGAAAAGCUCCGUGCUCGAGAACUUCGUGGGGAAGGACUUCCUCCCGCGCGGAUCUGGCAUCGUCACCCGCCGUCCGCUCGUCCUCCAGCUCAUCAACUGCCCCACAGAAUAUGCCGAGUUCCUCCACUGUAAGGGGAAGAAGUUCACGGAUUUCGAUGAGGUGCGUCAGGAGAUCGAGGCGGAGACGGAUCGGGUCACGGGACAGAAUAAAGGCAUCUCACCCGUGCCCAUCAACCUGCGGGUCUAUUCGCCAAACGUACUGAACCUGACGCUGGUGGAUCUGCCUGGAAUGACUAAAGUGCCGGUGGGAGAUCAGCCGGCAGACAUCGAGCACCAGAUCAGAGAUAUGCUGAUGCAGUUCGUGACCAAAGACAACUGUCUUCUGCUCGCCGUAUCGCCCGCCAACUCGGACCUCGCCAACUCUGACGCGCUGAAGAUCGCCAAAGAAGUCGACCCGCAGGGUCAGCGGACUAUCGGUGUCAUCACUAAACUGGAUCUCAUGGAUGAAGGGACCGACGCUCGGGAUAUCCUGGAAAACAAGCUCCUGCCUCUGAGACGAGGUUACAUCGGUGUGGUGAACCGCAGUCAGAAAGACAUCGACGGAAAGAAGGAUAUUAACGCGGCUAUGGCUGCGGAGAGGAAGUUUUUCCUGUCUCAUCCCAGUUAUAGACACCUGGCCGACCGCAUGGGAACGCCGUUCCUGCAGAAAACCCUCAACCAGAUCACAUGUGUCAAACUCAAGGCCCGCGGGCCACAACCGGCCCGCAAAUGA